AUGGAUGGAUGCCAGAGGCUGAUUUGUGCCCUGUCGUGUCGUCCUUCCUGGAAGUGUAUUAUGCAGCCGCUUGUCUUCCCACCUCCGCUGCUGCAGGAUGAGCGGGCUCUUCUCGACCACCUCCCCAACGGCAUCCCGCGACCGCUCCACGCCAUCGAUCAGCUCGGGACAUGGGUCGAGCAUCCCGCGGCGGCCACGCUCCCCGCCGUCCAUGCGAAGAAGGACAAGAGCAAGGGGACGGAGAAGGGGCCCGGCACGCCGAUGAGUGCGAAUCGCUCGCGCUCUUCGACGCUGUUCUCCCCGACGACGAGCAUGAUGGCGGUGCCGGCGGUGACGGCACGACCGUCGUCCAGCGGGAACGGGGGCAACGGCCAGAGCGAGAAGCAAGGGGGCUCGACGAGCAGACGGCCGUCGGUGGCUUCGCUGUUGAGCCUCCGGCGCAAGAAUACCAACACCUCGACGAGAUCGAACGAGCUUCCACUUCCGCCCCCGCCGCUUCCAGCGACUAUGACGCCCUAUUCCACCCCGCCGCUGAGCCGCAGCGCGACCAUGGGCUCGUCAGUGUCCUCGCAGCUUCAGCCUGAGAUCAGCACGAAUACGAAUAAUUAUCAUCUUCCCCGCCCGCCACCGCCACCCCCGUCGAUCCCUGACGCCAUCUACCUCCAGCAGCCGCACGUGCAUCCGGGCGACGACCUCAGCGGCAACGAAGACAUCUUCGACGAGGGGCCGCGAACGAAGCGCAGCGACAAGGCCGCACGGAUGCUGGGCGGCGGCGGGGACGCCUUUCCGCCGGACCAGAAUGCCCACCCGCCGGCGCCGCGCGGGCCGCGCCCGCGCACAGCGCCGUCCCGCGCCCACGCCGAUGCCGGCCCGCGUCCCGACGCGUUCUACACCGCUGCGGACGGGUGGUACGCCGACGACGCCGGCCCGCGCCACGCCGUGUCCCGCGACUCGCGCGACUCGGCGCUCAGCCCGAUCGCGUUCCGCCCGCCGUCGCUCGCGUUCGCGCCGCCCGGCGCGCAGACGGCGUACGCCCGGAACGCGCGGCUGUCGACGGACACGGCGCCCGUGUCGCGGGCCGGCCGGUACGCCGGCUCCGACAGCGACCGGGACCGGGACAGCGACGAGGGCGUCGACGCGCUCCGCCCGCCGCGCGUCGACUCGCACGUGCACCAUGCGUAUGCGUAUGCGCAGCACGCGCGGCGCGCGUCGCUGGCGUCCGCGGUCGUGUUCGGGGGCGCCGCGAGGCCGGACACGCCGUUCAUGGACAGCGUGCUCGCCGGCGAUGCCGCGCCGGGGUAUGCAUACGAUGAGCGCGGCGCAGGUGGCCAUACGCGUGAGCAGUCGGUGGUCCGGGCGGAGCGCGGCUGGCAGGGCGAGUGGAACCAGGGCGACAUGCGCGAGGUCAUACAGAAGCUGCGGACGCUGCGGUGA